UACAAGCGGGGCUGGCGCUAUUGUCAUUCCCGUGGCGGCGGCGUGAGCAUCAGUGAAGCAGGCAGCAACGGCGGGACUCUUUCACACUCACCACCCUCGGGGAGGAAGAGUAAACCAGGAGAGGAAGGAAGAGAGAAAGAGCAGAAUUGGCUGGAGAAAGCGACUCCCGAGCAAACUAAAACCCCAAGUGAAGAUUUAACUUGAACUGAACCGAACGAAUCCCAGAGGUUGCAAUUCCAGUCUCAAGUCCAUUCAACUUGGCCAGUCGGGGGGGGUCCCCGUUCGUGAAGAUGAGGUUACUGAUCCUCUUGAGUUUUCUGGCAGGUUCCUGGUCAAUCAUUGGUUCCGAUAACAGUCCAAAGGUGACACCGACAAUCGCCACAAAGAAUAACGCAACAGAAACCAAACAAACAACUGCUGAUCCCGGUAUAAUUCAGGGCAACGCUAGUACAUCAGCGCCGUCUUCAGGAAGCAUCCUCACGACUAAUCAAUUAUCAACAUCAUCGGCAAAUCCCAAUCAAACUCAAAGUGUAACAAAGUCCACGGUUCCUUCAUCCCAAAGUAACCGUACCUCUACAACCGCAACGGCACAAAAUAACACAAUUAGUCCAACAUUAGGUUCCACGUCACCCACUGUUACCGAUCACAAUUCAAAACUGACGGCCACCAGUGGAGUAAAGAAUAACACAGCAGUAAACAUCACUACAACUGCUAAACCUGUUAUAGCUCAUGCAGUGGGCACACCAAUACCACCAUCGUCUUCUACAAGAGGAAGUGCAAGUGCCUCGGCUUCGUCUAAACCAAAAUCAACCAUUCCAUCUGGAAAGCCCACAGCAACUCCCAACCAGGGUUUACCAACAACAGUACCUACGAGCACACCAACAAGUGUCUCCGUGGCAAAAUCAAAUGCCCCAACUAAAAGCAAAGGCGUCCCAAAGGCGACCACUGAACGUACGAAAGGGUCAAGUGUUGAAACGGUGACCAGUGCCACGGGGAAAGUAAAGAACAUUACAAUGAGUAAAGCCCAGGUGAAGGACACAACCGGCAUGAUGCAGACAAAUGCAGUGAGCAGUGCAUUCACUGAUGGGACCGGGCACUCAGUGAAGAGUACAUCAAGUAAUGCAACGACAAAUGCAACGGAUGGGCCCCCUGGUGCUGCAUCAACAACGCUCAAACAUGAAUCAAAUAUAUCGUCAACGGCAUAUUGUGUGAAGGAAUCCAGCAAGCAGAACUACUACCUCCCAAUACAGAAAGACAUGAACUGCGAAACCUUUCUGACCAAGAAAGGAAAUGAUGUGGCCAAUGACAUCUGCUCCACGCUGGUGAAGACAGCUGAUCUCAGAGGGCUCAAUAAAUGCGAGGUCCAAUUCAGCCCCGAGAAGGAGCAUCCAGACCAGCUGAACAUCGAAGUCUCUUUUAAAGUUUCCGAUAAUCAAAUGAAAGACGUUCUGCAGAAGAUGCAGAAAGCAAUGAAACAGGAGCUCCAUCGGGAGUAUGAAGAAAAUCAGCAGCGGGAGAAAGCAACAGAGCUGAAGAAGCUGAUUGCGAUGGUGGUCACGGGCUCACUGCUGCUGCUCGUGUUCCUGGCUGCCAUUGUGUACCGGUGUUCCCAACGCAAGUCCAAACACAAGGAUCCAUACCUGACGGAAGAGCUACGUACAGUGGACAACGGUUGCCACGACAACCCGGGCAUGGACAUUACUGAGAGGGAGUCCGAGAUGGAGGAGAAGAACAAUUCGAAAGCAACUUACUUGGAAAACAACGAUGGCUGGAUCGUGCCUAUGGACACCCACAUCAAGAACGAUGUAGAGGAAGAAGAUACCCAUUUAUAAAGCGGCAGAAACAUAAUCAUCUUGUUAUCUACAGCUCUCUGCACAUCUGUACAAUUGCUUCAAAUAUGUAUCCAUAUAUACUGCCAGCAAAGGACUGAAAUCAAACUGUUGACUUUACAAUCCAUCUCCUUUAAAGCCAUAUUCUCUCCAGAUUAUAUUUGGAAAUGUUAUGAUUAAUCUUUGAUUAGCACGGGCGUCAGGGGAUAUGGGGCAAAGGGAGGAGAAUGGGGUUGAGAUAGAUCAGCCAUGAUUGAAUGGCGGGGUAGACUUCAUGGGCCGAAUGGCCUAAUUCUGCUCCUAGAACCUAUGAAGUUAUGUAAUAAGGUCCAUAGAAGGCGGCACUGAGAAAUGGGAAGAGAUGCCAUUCACGCUCCUGUUCCUGCAGUUAAUGAUAUUCUGGGCAAUCCUCUGCCUCUAUGCAGAUGGGGCACCUUGGUCAGCAUCAGCAAGUUGGGCCGAAGGGCCUGUUUCCAUGCUGUACGCCCUUAUGACUCAUCCACCCGUCCCCUUUACCAUGCCAUCCAAGUAACAAUCCACCUCAGAGCUGAAUAUCAUCCACAACUGAGAGCUCAUCAGGCUCGGUGGCUGAUAAUUCCAAAGGCUCUCAAACCUGAGUGAAGAGAUCUUUGAGACCAAAAUGGCCAAGCCCUUAUGCCGAGACUUUAGCCCCUGGUUCUAGAGGACACAACUACUCAUCAACGCAACUCGUAAGUGUUUGUAGGGCAAUUCUAUUACAUUUCCACAGAUAUCUUUCCUGAAAACAAAGCAUUAAAGAAUUGAAUAAACUACUCUUGGGGGCAAAUUUCCAAAAGAGUCAAGAGUGUUUUAUUGUCAAAUGUCCCGAAACAGAGCAAUGAAAUUCUUCCUCCACCUGCAUUUUCUGUGAACUACCAUGAAGGAAGCACAAACAGUCAACAAUCACCUUUAAUGCCAAUGCGGCUUUGUUUGGAGAGGGAUGUCUUUCUGCCAUGGAGAUGCCAGCCAAGGUCUAGAUGCCAUGUUGGGGAAAUGUGGCUGGAUAACCUUUUCUCCAAGACAGGUUGGCAAGGUGACGCAGCAGUAGAACUACUGCCUUACAGCGCCAGAAACCCGGGUUGGACCCCGGCCAUGGGUGUCCUGCGGAGUUUGCACGUUUUCUCCAAGGAAUACGUGGGUAUUCCCCAGGUUUCUUCCCACACACCAAAGACGUACAGGUCUGUAGGUAAAUUGGCUUGGGUAAAAUUGUAAAUCGUUCCCAGUGUUAGUGUGCGGGGAUCUUUGGGUGGCGUGGACUUGGUGGGAUGAAGUGCCUGUUUCCGCGCUGUAUCUCUAAAGUCCAUAAAGUAUAAAGACUAAAAGUAUCCUAACUAGAACAUAUAGUUUUAAGGUGAAAACUAAGUGUUUGUGAAUGAUCCACAACAACACACAUACUGAAAGAUCAGUCUUUAUUCCAUAAGCAAUCAAGAACAUUUAAACUGUCAGCCAUUCACUUCCAGCCCUUGCUAGUGUUAAACUGUAUAGUACCGUAAUACCUUGUAAAGGGUAGCAUGCAUAUAUGUGUAGUGGAGAUUAUAAAUGGCAUGGAAUAAUAAGGGUUAAUCUACACUAAGGAGCGUUAUUUUUUAUACACACAGAGCGGUUGGUCUCUGGAACGCACUGCCAGGGGAGGUGGUGGGAUCAGGUGAAGUUAAUAUGUUGUAAGAGACAUUUAAACAGAUACUUAAACAGACAUGACGUGGAAGUAUAUAGUCCUGAUGUGGGCAAAUGGGAUUAAUAUAGAUGGGCGAUAAGGUUGGCAGGAAGAUAAUGGACUGAAGAUCCCAUUCCAAUGCCGUGCAAUCGUGAUGCACUGAGAAUGGAGUCACCAGUAAUUAGAAACUAUCUCUCAUCUGGGUUUAGGGCCAGAAGCAAUGCUUGGGGUAAAUCGACAAGAAUAAGGCACGAUAUGUGAACAAAUAAUUGCAAAAAGUUCAUCAGUGAGUGCGAAGGAUUAUUUAGUCUCCCUUUGAUGAAUUUAGGAAGGUGAGGCCAGGACAGGCCAGACAGGCAGAGCUGGAGACCAAUAUGUUGGAAGGAACUGUAGAUGCUGGUUUACACCAAAGAUAGGAGACACAAAAUGCUGGAGUAAGUCAGCGGGUCAGACAUCAUCUCCAGAGAGAAGGAACGGGUGACGUUUCGGGUCAAGACCUUUUGUGAAGAACCCUUGCAUUCCUGCUCUCCAGAGAUGCUGCCUGUCCCGCUGAGUUACUCCAGCAUUUUGUGUCUAUCUCUGGUGAUCAAUAGCUGGGGAGUGCGGAUGAGGCAACUGCAGGAGGCAAGGCACACGAUGAAUCCAUGGUUAGCGUUACCGAUGGGGGAGCUCAGAGCCAUCACCCACGUCAAUGAGAAUGGUUGGCCAUCAUAACCACAGAGGAGGUGGCAAAAUAGACCUCACAGUCUCAUCCCUUAUUUUACUUCUGCACGUUGAAAAUGAGACAGAUUUGGACUGAGUUCCUGUGGAGCACUGGGCCACUUUCUGUCCCUUUGCAUCCCUUCAUAUAUAACACGCAUCUGAGCAGAUGAAAAAACGGAUGGGGUUUCAUUAACAGAGAGAAUAUGGCUUUAACACUUCAAAGUGCACUUUCAGUGGUUGCUUAUUUCAGGCAAACCACCUGCACGUCAAUGAGAUGGAGAGAUAGAUGACAACUUUGCUGCCAUCCACGGUAAGUGAUGUUUGCAACUGGGCGUUCCUUGCUAAUGUAAAUAAUCAGGGCCAUUCUUUGAGGCCUUGGCAGCCAUUGCAUUGGGCUGUUGUGUUCAAGCAAGACAGUUGGCACAUGCAACUUGGUAUGGAAUGGAAUUGACCAAAUUGGGAAAAAUUGGAAAGACGCCUAAUGUUGGAUAAUUAACAUUUCAACACAUUUCAAUACAGCAGUCAGUCAGGGGUGACCAUCAAAGCAUUGUUGGAGAUUUCCAAGUGGCACCUUGUUCUUCUUGGGUAGCUAACAACAACCCAGCCAUAUGACACAUCACGUUCUCCAUCUUUUGGUAACCACGAACCUCUGCUUUGGGCAGCUCAGUGACAAAGUGGCAGGGUUGCUGCCCUACAGUGCCAGAGGCCUGGCUUCAGGCACACACACACACAGCAGUUGGAGUGGGCAGAGCUCUCCUGACUGACCUCAGCAAUGUCAGAGAGAAACAGAUUUUAGAAACAUAGAAACAUAGAAAUUAGGUGCAGGAGUAGGCCAUUCGGCCCUUCGAGCCUGCACCGCCAUUCAAUAUGAUCAUGGCUGAUCAUCCAACUCAGUAUCCCGUACCUGCCUUCUCUCCAUACCCCCUGAUCCCCUUAGCCACAAGGGCCACAUCUAACUCCCUCUUGAAACAGAUUUUCAACUGCCUGCCACAGUUGACAAUGAACCCAAGGCACUAUCUCCAGAGAGAGCAGGCAUUGAGUAUUCCUCUCUCAGCACCAUCACUGAGCUUGGUGGACUUGCUUGUGUCUUGCAGUGCUGGCUCGAAGGGCCGAAUGGCCUACUCCUGCACCUAUUGUCUAUUGUCAUGGCAUUCACUGCAAAGGGGAUUGCAGUCAGUCAAAGAACUAGAAGCUUUUGGAUUCUAAAGGUAAUUCCCGAAGCAGGAAGGUUCUGCACUAUAAUUGCAUAAUUGGGACUGCCAAAUGCCAACUCAUAGUCUUACAGCAUGGAAAUAGGCCCUUCUGGACUCUAAUAGGAUUGAGAGGGAAAAAUAGAUCAUCCAUGGACCAUGUUCGAAUGGCAGAAGCAGACUAGAUGGGCCAAAUGGCCUAAUUCUGCUUGCAUGCUUAGUCAUACAGCGUGUAUACAGGCCGUUUUGCCCAACGUGCCCACAUCGGCCAACAUAUCUUAUCUAUAGACCCACCCGCCUGCAUUUGGCCCAUAUCCCUCUAAACCUGUCCUAUCCAUGUACUUGUCUAAAUUUUUUUUAAACGUUGCCAUAGUCCCAGCCUCAACUACCUCCUCCUGCAGCUAAUUCCAUGCACCCACCACCCUUUGUGUGCAAAAGGCCUGAGGCCUAAUGGACGUAAAACCAGAUAAUUUUCAAACCAUUGCAUGAAAUGGUUCUUUUUGAAUCCACAGAACACUUGGCCCAGCUGGUGUCUGGCAGAAUUUAAAAUACUCCCUCAGUGAUAAUGAAAUUCAAUUACUGUCUGACAACUUACUAGAGUGGGUAAAAUAACAAAUUAUUACUUUCCUGGCAAAUAGAAUAGAAUAGCCUUUUAUUUGCCAAAUACGGAACUAUUGUCAUAUUUUAAGUGAAGAAAUAAAUUACCAUUGUUUGGUCUGAUGAGUCUGUGUGUG